UGCAGACAUGAAAUUAUUUCCCUUCGUUGUGUUACGAAGCUAGACAUGACAAUAUCAGUACUCAUUCGUAUAGUAAGCAACGAAACAUGUCAUUGAACGUUACUGGAAAACUGGCGAAAAAAUAUGAAAACGGACGAAAGGAAAGUGAAAGCAUUGUUUUGUUGAUGUGGCAGCGGGAGAAGGAAGGGCGAGCCGUGGCAGGGGAAGUUGUGUGGCAUACUGCUGUGGCACGUCACAAGUCGUCAAGGAGCGUUGGAGUGGCCCUGCGUGAAGUCUGGUGUCCCACAGUCCCUGUGGGAGUAACACAUGAUGGUGUGUGACCAGCUGGUGUAGACUCCGGGAGGUGGUGGUGGUGGUGGUUACUGAGCUAUCUCAGACCUAACAUGUCAGGUGAAGGAACCCCAGCCAACCUAAGUCUGACUGUAGAUUACUUCAUAGUGCCUCAGAUUGGUAAGGUUGUCAUCAUGGAGGCCCUUAUCUAUGGAUCCUUCACAGUCCUUGCCUUGGUGGCUUUGGUGUUCCAUGUGUUUGCCAUGAAAACAAAAAGCCAGAUCUCCUCAGCAAAUAAUCCACACUUCAAGAGAUUUCAGCAUUCAUUCUUCUUGGUGUACUUCAUGGCACUGUUCUCAGACUGGCUGCAAGGACCAUACGUGUACAAGCUCUAUCAACACUAUGGUUAUGCUAGCAACCAGAUUGCUCUAUUAUAUGUGGUUGGUUUUGCUAGUAGUGUAGUAUUUGGGACAACCACAGGGCCCCUGGCAGAUCGGUUUGGUAGAAAGAAAAUGGCCUUGACAUUUUGUGUGAUGUAUUCAUUUUGUUGUCUCACAAAGCUUAGUUCACAGUUCUUUUGGCUGUUUUUGGGCCGUGUAUUUGGUGGCAUCUCAACCUCCAUGUUGUUCUCUACCUUUGAGUCAUGGUAUGUGUAUGAGCACACAGAAACACAUGAUUUUCCCAGUGAGUGGCUAACUGUGACAUUUUCCAAAGCUACUUUUUGGAAUGGUGUGCUUGCCAUCAAUGCUGGGGUGUUUUCCAAUAUAUUUGCUGAGUCUUUGGGAUAUGGCCCAGUAUCUCCAUUCAUGCUAUCAAUUCCAUUUUUGGUGAUGGCUGGCUUGAUCAUUUUGAAGACCUGGAAGGAAAACUAUGGGAACCAGAGUCUCAACCUACGGCGCUCAUGCAUGGAUGGCCUGAGGUCCAUCCUGUUCAAUGAAACUAUUCUCUACCUGGGCAUUGUUCAAUCCCUGUUUGAGGCCAAUAUGUACAUUUUUGUGUUUCAGUGGACCCCUGUGUUGGGUGGAGCUAACCCUCCCCUGGGCAUGGUAUUUGCCAGCUUUAUGGUGUGUAUCAUGAUAGGCUCUUCCCUCUACUCUAUUAUGCUAGCCAAAAAGUUCACUUCAGAACAGUUGUUGGUGUUUGCUGUGAUGUUGGCCACCAUUGCCAUGACCAUCUGCAUUUACUCUACUGGUGGAGGUUAUCUGUACCUCUCUUUCUUAGCCUUCCUUAUCCUAGAAGUUGGUGUGGGCAUGUACUUUCCUGCCAUUGGGUACCUACGGUCCCAGGUCAUUCCUGAGGAGCUCCGUGCAGGCAUCAUGAACUGGUUUCGUGUGCCAACCAAUAUCAUCACCUGUGCCAGUCUGCUACUGGUUCACAAUAAUACUAUAAUCAGUUCCACUCAGGCCAUGUUCACUGUCUGCACAGUUAUGUUGCUUGUGGCAAUCAUCAUCAGUCUAAGGUUUGUACGGCUUUUCAGCUCCAAUAAGACCCCACUGCCUCAGAGUGAAGAUCAGGUGCCCUUAACCAAGGCAGAGUUGUAAAUGCCAUGUAUGUAGUUUGUAUGGUAGCUUUUGUCCUGUACAGUCUGAAUCAUUAAGUAGAAUUUAUAUCAUUGUACAUUGUCAUUAUUUGGCAUUUUUUGUUAGUUUAUAAUUUUGUUUUUGCAUUUUCCUGUUACAAGGUGUACACUGUAGUAAACUUCAGUGCAGUGUCCUUUGAGCACUUGGCACAUUUUCAUUAGAUGAAAACUGACAUUAUCUCACAUUAGUAAUAUGACAUCAAUACAUAUGCAAAGAAUGUGUGCACAAGUAAGUAUCACGUCAGAUGUUGUGAAUUCAGAUUGUGUUAGGAUUACUUAUAAUAAAUUAUUUAUUCUCUGUAAAUGGUAUGUAGAAGUUGAGAGCUAUAUUUUCAUUUAUGAUUUAUAAUGUUUGUGAUGCAAGAUUUAAUAUAAUUUUAGAUUACAUUCUCUCUCUCUCUCUCUCUCUCUCUCUCUCUCUCUCUCUCUCUCUCUCUCUCUCUCUCUCUCUCUCUCUCUCUCUCUCUCUCUCUCUCUCUCUCUCUCUCUCUCUCUCUCUCUCUCUCUCUCUCUCUCUCAUUAUCAUGCAAUUAUUUUGAAAGGCUUCAAGCAUGCUUGCUUGUUAACCUUAUUGGAGCUCACCAUGCUGCAUGGUCUCAAUUGAAACAGCCUCAUUGCACACACAUAGAUCACUGAGGUCCUUCUGGACCACUUCCAUUCCAAGUUUUAUAUAUAUAUAUAUAUAUAUAUAUAUAUAUAUAUAUAUAUAUAUAUAUAUAUAUAUAUAUAUAUAUAUAUAUAUAUAUAUAUAUAUAUAUAUAUACAUACUCGUAUAUACAUACAUACAUACAUACAUACAUACAUACAAUCAGAGAGAAAGAGAGGGAGAAAUAUGCAGGUAUUUACAAAUAUACUCACAUACACACACACACACGCACACAUACACCUAACCUAACAAAAAUAGUGGACUUAAACAAGAAGUACUGUGAAAAAAUCAAGAAACUCAAGGAAGAGAAUGAUGAGUUAAAGAAAGCUUUACAAGAGAAAGAGAGAUUAAGAUUGGGUAAGUAAAAGAGUUAGUGACAGAGGAAGUCAAAAGUUGGAAAGAAGAGAGGGAACAACAACAAAAGGUGGAUAUGUAGGAGAUAAUAAGGCAACAGCAACAGGAACACAAUAAGGACAUGGAAAAGCAAGUGAUUAAAAUAAAGGAAACAAGUAAUCUUGUGAGACACAGUACAGAGAAAGAUGUGUGUGAUAGUAUUUGGGGUCAAGGAGAAGAACCCACCCAUGAAAAUAGCUAGAGAGAAAGAAGAGGCAAAAAGGGCUAAGGAAAUUAUAGCAGAAGUGGCGAGGGAAGGAGAAGAGAUAUUUGAACAAAUUGAAGAGGUUUACAGAAUUGGAAAGUACAAAAAAAGUAGAACAAGACCAAUGAAAAUAAGAUUUAUGUCACAAACAACAGCUGAACAUGUCUUACAAAGAACAGGAAAAUUGGCAAAAGUAGAAGGAAUGAGGGGAAUAUGGAUAAAAAAAACAUGAAUGAAGAUGAGAGAAGUAAACUGAAAGAGUAGAGGUCUAGUCAAAAAAUGAGGAGAAACCACAGCAAGUGAGGAGAUUCAUUUGGAAAGUUGUGAACAUGAAAUUGAGGUAAUGGUGGCACAAAGGUGCCACGGAAGAUCACCAAGCAGAAGCUUAAUUAUGUAUACAAAUAUAGAUGAUUUGGUAUCGAGCCUAUUGGAACUUAAAGACUACGUAAAGAACAAUAAACCAGAUGUGGUCUGUUUAAUGGAAACCAAAUUAAAAAAGAAGGAAAUAAAGAUGAGAUUUGCAAAGGAAGGAUAUAAUCGUACAUGGAGGAGAGACACAAAAGGAAAGGGAGGAGGAGGAGUGAUGAUAUUGGUAAGAGGAUAUUGUUGUUGAGGAAGUGGAAUAUGGUGAUGAAAUGGCAGAAAUUUUGAGUGUUGUGAUUAAGAUCAAAGGAAGUGAAAAAAGAAAAGUUAUUGUGAUGUACAUACCACUGAAAACUAAUGCAUGGGAGACCAAUAGACACAAAAUUAUGCAACUAGAAACAAGAAAUAGCAUAGGAAAUGACAAGGAAAAGUAACAAAGUGUCCUUAGUAGGCAACUUCAACACUAAAAGAAUUAACUGGGUGGAGAUGGAGGUGAAAGAAAAUGGUGAGUCAUGAAACGAAGAACUUUUGUAUACCAUGAUGGUGAAUACAAUGAGACAGUGGGAUGAACCUACAAGAUGCAGAGGAGAAAAACCAUCACAGUUGGACUUAGUGUUUAUGAAAACCCCAGAAAGUAGACCAACUGAUCAUGUGACAAUAGAAAUAGUACUACAGGAGAAAAUAGUGUUGCACAGGAAUAAACAAUUUAGAAAUGGGAGACAGAACUAUCCUAAUGCAAACUUUGCAGAGCUUAAUAAAUUUUAUGGAAAAAUUAGGGGAAAGAGCUUUUUGAAGGUAAAGUAGUGCAAAAAAAAUAUGAUAUAUUUUUGAGCAAGUAUAGAGAGGGGGUGCAACAGUUUAUACCAGUUAUAAAGUGAAAAUUGGAAAGCAUGAAUACUAUAAUGCUAGGUGUAUAGAAGCAAAAAAAAAAAAAAAAAUGGACAGAGCAUAGGGGAAAAUGAUGAGAAAACUUAACAGAAAUACUAGGGAAGAAUACAGAAAGUCAAGGAAUGAAUAUGGUAUAAUGAUAAGAGAAGAAGAAAGAAAUUUUAAAAGUGACAUAGUAUGGAAAUGCAAGGAAGAGCCCAAGCUCUUCUACAGAUACAUAAAUGGAAAAAUGAAACAUAGGGAAGGCAUAAAUAAGUUAAAAAGAGAAGGAAGAAUUUAUGAAACUACUGGGGAGAUGCAUGAACUAAUGAAUGAGAGUUUUCAGUCUGUGUUUACAAAGGAAACUGAUUUUAUGGCACUGAAAGUGGUAUCACAGAAUGAGGGAAUACAGAAGAUACAAAUAAAGAAAAUGCUGGAAGAACUGGAUGUUAGAAAAGCUUUGAGACCAGAUCAUAUAAAUGGAUGGAUAUUAAAAGAAUGCAGAAAACAAAUGGAGGAACCCUUAUGGGAUAUAAUCAACAGCUUGUUGAAAGAAGGAAAAUUACCAAGGGAAUGGAAAAGAGCAAACAUAGUCCCAAUAUACAAAGGAGGAAAUAAAAUGGACCCAUUAAAUUACAGGCCAGUGUCACUAACAAGUAUUGUAAGUAAGCUUUGUGAAACACUAAUUAAAGAUAGGUGGGUGGAAUAUUUAGAAGAUAAAAAGAUAAUUACAGAAAAACAAUUUGGAUUCAGGAAAGGGAGACCCUGUGUCACAAAUCUACUGAGCUUUUAUAUGAGAGUAAUAGAUGGAGUGCAAGAGAGGGACAAAUGAGUUAAUGUGGUAUACCUGGAUCUCAAAAAAAGCAUUUGAUAAAGUUCCCCACAAAAGUCUUAUGUGGAAGUUAGAGAAUGAAGGAGGACUAAAGGGAGCAACACUGAGGUGGAUGGAUGAUCUACGAGGGAGAGAAAUGAGAACAAUAAUAAGUGACUCUAAUACAAGUUGGCGUGAAGUGACAAUUGGGUACUGCAAGGAUCAGUGUUAGCACCUGUUAUGUUUCAAAUAUAUGUAAAUGAUAUGACAGAGGAUCUAAAUAGUUUUAUAAAUCUUUUUGCUGAUGAUGCAAAACUAAUAAAAAUAAUAAAGGAUGAAGAUGACUGCAAGGUGUUACAAAAGGAUAUUGACAAGAUACAUGCAUGGAGCCAAAGAUGGAAACUAGAAUUUAACACCAGAAAAUGCCACGUGUUGGAAAUAGGAAAAAGUAAAAA